GCCAGUUCCUUGUCUUGAAGAUCCUAGCAUUUUGCCAUUCUACAAGGCAUGUCUGCGGGUCGACGAGCUUGAAGGUUCUGGAGCAUUCAGCUCUGAAGAGCCUCACAUUUGGGCUGCAUGUCGGGAUGCCUGGGGAUACAUCCGCAGAACUGGGCGAAGCGUCUCCUUCGUGAUUCAGGGAGAAAGUGGUGCCGGAAAGACGGAGACAGCGAAGCACGUGAUGCUGUACUUCUCAUCACCUACGCGGCAGUCCGCCGCCAGGCAAGGACGGGCCCGCUCCAGCUCCGUCAGCCUACAGAAUGGCAGGUUGGAUGCCAAUGCAAGCCUCGGCUUGCAAGAUGGCGAGAAGGCCGGCAUCCACCAGAUCAUGAUGAGCGCCAACCCCGUGACGGAGGCUUUGGGCAACGCCCGUACCCUGCGAAACGACAACUCCUCGAGGUUUGGCCGCUUCGUGAAGCUAUUUCUGAAUGUCCGGACCUCACACUCCUGGUUCGCUGCAAGAUGA